AUGUUUGAUUACUACCCAAGUGCGAUCACCUUAACGUUUAUGUUUGUUUUUGUGUUAUGGUUUGAUGAAUGUGCUCUCGUAUUGCAGUCUAAUUUGAAAGUCAGUGUUAAUUUAUUUUAUCUACAAACAGCAGCGUCUUCACUGCUUUGGACAUAUUCUUGCUUAAGAGUUUGGAAUAUUGAAUUAGACAGAAUUAGCUUCGUGCUCACUCAACUUAAGUUCAAGGUGAGAAAAACCAAUUUAAAGUUGCUUCGAUGA